CUAACAUGGUAAGUGUCAUAACAAACAUGUGACCUGAUAUUUAAGCAUGAUGAACGUUAUGAAAGUCACACACACAGACAUGAACACACGAGCACACAUCACCACCAGUGAAGUGAUUGAGAAAAACAGUCAAGUAUAGAAUGUGAUUGUGUUCAUGUUUAUUUAAAGGUUGAUGUGUGUGCGUUUAUCAGGCUGAAGGUGAUCAGAGUUACACGUUAUCUCGGUGGAGUGUUUCUAUUCCCGUCGUUGUCCGUGUUUGGACAUCCCAGUUCGCCUGGCGCCGCCUAUAAGAGCGUCCCCGUCCCUCGCCCGCCAAUCGGCAACAUGGCCCCCAAGAAAGUGGAAGCCAAGAAGCCGGCGGAGGCCAAGAAGCCAGCGGAGGCCAAGAAAGACGAGAGUGCCGCGCUGCCACCCAAAGCUCCAGAAGCCGAAGCGAAAGCGUGCGAGGUGGACCUGAAGAGCGUGGUGGUGGAGUUCAGCGCAGAGCAGAUGGACGAGUUCCGCGACGCCUUCACGCUGUUUGACGAGACGCCGGCAGGCGAGAUGAAGAUCACGUACGCGCAGUGCGGCGACGUGAUGCGAGCGCUGGGCCACAACCCGACCAACGACGACGUCCUGAAGCUGCUGGGGCGGCCCAAAGCCGAGGAGAUGCACGCCAAACUGCUGGACUUUGAUGCCUUCCUGCCCAUGCUGCAGCACGUGGCUCGCACCAAGGGCCACGGACACUUCGAGGACUUUGUGGAGGGGCUCAGGGUGUUCGACAAGGAGGGCAACGGCACCGUCAUGGGGGCCGAGCUGCGCCACGUCCUGUCCACCCUGGGGGAGAAGAUGACAGAGGACGAGGUGGACCGGCUCAUGGCCGGACAGGAGGACGCCAACGGGCAUGUCAACUACACCGACUUUGUCAAACACAUCAUGGCUGGAUGAAGAUGCCCAUCAACUUCUAGGGCUACACGUCUAUGGUAUACUGUAUGCAGUACAUCUACAUAUCGACGUGCAGGUCAUCUAUUUUGCAUUACAUCUACGGAUGAAAGUCGUCUUGUAAGAAUGAAACAUCAACCCUCAAAUAAAGACAACAUUGUUCUUGG